CGCCUCUAGAUGACGUCACCGGAACAACUCAAAUCCCUUAUUUUUCCUCUUAACUUGCUCAGAAAUCACUCAAGUGUUAGUUAAUUAGUCAGGUAGUUAGUUAUCUGAGCGUUACACGUUCUGUCGGUAGCUAUCGGGCGUGAGUUUGCAUGGCAGAGCCUUUCAGCUUUUUGUUAACGUGGUUUGUCUUCUUGUCAUGGCAGUAGUGACACUGUGUGUUGUUUACAUACUUUUUUUAACUCCCGUUGGCAGCUGUGAUGGGAACCUGCGCUUUGCCUCCUACUAUGGAGACCACAUGGUGCUGCAAAAGUCUCCAGAGAGAGCUGUGCUAUGGGGCUACGGCUCUGAGGGUGCACAGGUCACCGUCUCCUUAUCAGGACCAAUAAAACAGAAGACCUCACCGGUCACUGUGACGAAAGGUGUCUGGCGAGUCACCCUUGACCCUGUCGAAGCUGGUGGUCCCUACAAUGUGACAGCAGCCAUUCAGAGCAGCACGGCCACUCUGACAGAUGUACUGUUUGGAGAUAUUUGGCUGUGUGGAGGGCAGAGCAACAUGUACUUUAAAACAUCACAGAUUUUCAAUGCAUCAGAGGAGCUGGCCCUCGCAGCGAAGUAUCCUCAUGUGAGGACUUUUAUGGUAGCCUUGAACCUGUCUGAAACUGAGCUGACUGAUCUGAUUCAAGUGGAACUUCCCUGGACUGUGCCCACAGCAAGGAAUCUGAGUGAGUUUUCUGCAGUGUGCUGGCUAUUUGGACGUUACAUGUACGAGGUUCUGAAGUACCCCAUAGGACUGGUGGAGUCCUGCUGGGGAGGCACGCCUGUCGAAGCCUGGUCGUCUUCAAGAGCUCUGCAGCAGUGUGGACUGGAGCAAACGAGAGACAGCCCUAAAGACAGAAAUUCUGUCUUGUGGAAUGCAAUGAUCCACCCACUGCUCAACAUGACCAUCAAAGGAGCCAUCUGGUACCAAGGUGAGGCAAAUGCAGACUAUCAUCAGGACAAGUACAAAUGUUCCUUCCCUGCUAUGAUUGAUGACUGGAGGAUGGCAUUUCACCAGGGCUCAGGGAGGCAGACAGCUAUUGAUUUCCCCUUUGGGUUUGUCCAGCUGUCCACCUACAAAAAAGGCCCCACAGAUGAUGGCUUUCCAAACAUCCGCUGGCACCAGACAGCAGACUUUGGCUUUGUCCCCAACCCAUGGAUGCAGAGAACUUUCAUGGCUGUGGCUAUGGAUUUACCGGAUGAAACAUCACCCUAUGGCACGAUCCAUCCCCGGGACAAGCAGGAUGUAGCCUACAGACUGACACUGGGAGCAAGGGCAGUGGCCUAUAACGAAAAAGACGUACCCUUCCUUGGACCUUUCCCCAACCAAAUCCAGUCCUCACGAAUGUAUGUCAACAUCACCUACAACCAGUCAGUCUCUGUCACACCGUCUAAAGACAUCUUUGAGAUCUGUUGCUCUGGGAUUCAAGCUCCAUGCGGACCUAAGUCCCUCUGGGUUCCAGCUCCCAUCACAAAGUGGGGUCCGACCAUUGUCCAGUUAUCUGCCAUCUUGUGUCCGCCCACUGAUGAAGUAGCUGGUCUUCGAUAUGCAUGGAGAGAUUGGCCCUGCGACUUUAAAGCCUGUCCAAUCUACAGCGCCAGUGGGAUUUUACCUGCCCCUCCUUUUAUUUUCAACCGCUACCCACAAAAAGGAGAAGUUAGGAAGAGCCACUGAACAAGAAACUGUAGGAGACAGUGUGAUAAAACAACACUCGAGUCAAAAUGAGCUGAUUCGACUACUAAUGUAUGUCAGUGUGGCAGGACACCGACUAUCAUUUUGUCACUCUGGGCAUCGAAAGCGGUUAUUGACGCGUGUGUGCGUGCGUGUUUUUAUAUAUAUUUAUAUAUACAUACAAUCUAUACUGUUAGAUUAGAACCAUUACCAAUAAUUGCUGGACUCUAUGAAUGUAAAAAUGCAUGUUUUUAUUUUAACAAAACUCUGAUUCAAAUAAAUCCUUUUGACUUACAUAAUUUGGACAAAUCAA